AAAUACUCUGUUUUGAUUGGUUAUUCCAGAUUGUUUGCAAUGUUUGAGUCUGCGUCAUUUCAGGCGGUAACGGUGUGCGCCAUAUUGAUGCAAAGGAAGCAUCGCAUUUGGAGAGAUCAAAAUUUUCAUCGAGCCGCAUUGCGGCAAUCGUUUAUUUUAUUAAGACAGGGCUGUAAUACGGAUUUACAAUGUACCUAUAUAACUUAACGUUGCAAGGUUCAACAGCCAUAACCCACGCUGUUCAUGGCAAUUUUUCCGGUACAAAGCAACAAGAGAUAGUUAUAUCUCGCGGUAAAAUUCUAGAACUCCUUCGUCCAGAUCCCAAUACAGGAAAAGUUCAUACUCUUGUGAAAGUUGAAAUAUUCGGCGUAAUCCGAUCAAUGAUGGCGUUUCGCUUAACCGGCGGCACCAAAGAUUAUAUAGUCAUUGGUUCUGACUCUGGCAGGAUUGUGAUAUUAGAAUACAUACCAGCAAAAAAUAAUUUGGAAAAAGUACAUCAAGAAACUUUUGGAAAAUCAGGAUGCAGGAGAAUUGUACCUGGACAGUAUUUAGCUAUAGAUCCUAAGGGCAGAGCAGUGAUGAUUGGGGCUAUUGAAAAGCAGAAACUAGUCUAUAUUUUAAAUAGAGAUGCGGAAGCUAGGCUAACAAUUUCAUCACCCCUAGAAGCUCACAAAUCCAAUACACUUGUUUAUCACAUGGUUGGUGUUGAUGUGGGUUUUGAAAACCCUAUGUUUGCUUGCCUUGAAAUUGAUUAUGAAGAAGCAGACUCUGAUCCAACAGGUGAAGCUGCUCAAAAAACCCAACAGACUUUAACAUUUUAUGAAUUAGAUCUGGGCUUAAAUCAUGUUGUCAGAAAGUAUUCAGAACCCCUUGAAGAGCAUGCUAACUUUCUUAUUACGGUACCUGGUGGCAAUGAUGGACCAUCUGGUGUACUCAUCUGCUCAGAAAACUACCUCACAUACAAAAAUUUGGGUGACCAACAUGACAUUAGAUGUCCAAUACCUAGGAGACGUAAUGACUUGGAUGACCCAGAAAGAGGGAUGAUUUUUGUAUGUUCUGCAACACACAAAACUAAGUCAAUGUUCUUUUUCUUGGCUCAAACUGAGCAGGGGGAUAUCUUUAAAAUUACAAUUGAGACUGAUGAUGAUAUGGUGACUGAAAUUAAACUAAAAUACUUUGAUACUGUACCUCCAGCAACUGCCAUGUGUGUUCUGAAGACUGGAUUCUUGUUUGUUGCUUGUGAAUUUGGAAACCAUUACUUAUAUCAAAUUGCUCACUUGGGUGAUGAAGAUGAUGAGCCAGAAUUUAGUUCUGCCAUGCCUCUAGAAGAAGGUGAUACAUUCUUCUUUGCACCAAGACCAUUGAGGAAUCUAGUUCUAGUGGAUGAGUUGGACUCCUUAUCACCAAUUUUAGCAAGCCAAGUAGCUGACUUAACUGGUGAAGAUACUCCACAAGUUUACCUAGCAUGUGGGAGAGGAUCAAGGUCAUCUUUGAGAGCUCUACGACAUGGUUUAGAAGUAGCAGAAAUGGCUGUCUCUGAAUUACCUGGUUCACCAAAUGCUGUAUGGACUGUACGUCGUCAUAAAGAUGACGACUUUGAUUCUUACAUCAUAGUAUCAUUCGUAAAUGCCACUCUUGUGCUCUCUAUUGGUGAAACAGUGGAAGAAGUGACAGACUCUGGAUUUCUUGGAACAACACCUACCUUAAGCUGUCACGCAUUGGGAAGUGAUGCCCUGGUGCAAGUAUAUCCUGAUGGUAUUCGGCAUAUUCGUGCUGACAAACGGGUCAAUGAAUGGAAAGCCCCUGGCAAGAAGUCUAUUGUCAAAUGUGCUGUCAAUCAGAGACAAGUUGUUAUUGCUCUAACUGGUGGUGAAUUAGUUUACUUUGAGAUGGAUCCAACUGGUCAGUUAAAUGAGUACACAGAGAGAAAGAAACUAUCAUCAGAUGUAUCUUGUAUGGCAUUGGGAUCUGUUGCAACGGGAGAACAAAGAGCUUGGUUUUUGGCUGUAGGCUUGAGUGACAAUACUGUCAGAAUUAUAUCGUUAGAUCCUGCAGAUUGCCUUUCACCAAGAUCAAUGCAAGCAUUACCAGCAAGUCCUGAAUCAUUAUGUAUUGUAGAUCAGCCUUUUGAAUCAGGAGCUAAAUCUGCCUUACAUUUAAAUAUUGGUCUGAGCAAUGGUGUUUUAUUGAGAACAACACUGGAUUCUGUUAGUGGUGACUUAGCAGACACAAGAACUAGGUAUUUGGGGUCUAGACCUGUCAAGCUGUUUAAAGUAAGAGUUCAAUCAUCAGAGGCUGUGUUGGCUGUAUCAUCAAGAACCUGGCUUGGAUAUCAGUAUCAAAACCGAUUUCAUUUAACCCCACUUUCCUAUGAAUGUCUUGAAUAUGCUGCAGGCUUUAGUUCAGAACAAUGUACGGAGGGUAUUGUCGCUAUUUCGUCUAACACACUAAGAAUUUUGGCUUUGGAAAAAUUAGGAGCAGUAUUCAAUCAAAAUUUUGUAUCACUAGACUAUACUCCAAGGAAGUUUCUAAUAAAUAAUGAAACUAACCAUAUUAUUGUCCUGGAAACUGAUCAUAAUUCUUACACUGAGGAAAUGAAGAAACAAAGAAGAGUACAAAUGGCGCAAGAAAUGCGUGAAGCCGCAGCUGGUGGUGGUCCUGAAGAACAGCAGUUAGCCAAUGAGAUGGCUGAUGCAUUCCUAUCUGAUAUUCUACCCGAAAAUGUAUUUUCUUCACCAAAAGCAGGAGCAGGUAUGUGGGCGUCACAAAUUAGAGUGGUAGAUAUGGGCAUAAGUGGUGGACAACCGUCUACAUUAUUUAAACUGCCUUUAGAACAAAAUGAAGCAGCUGUUUCCCUGUGUCUCAUUCGCUGGGCGGCACACGGAGAACAUGGUGUUACUCACUUGGUUGUAGGAGUAGCCAAAGACAUGAUAUUAUCACCACGAUCAUGUACAGAAGGCAGUUUACAUGUUUACAAGGUUUAUAAUAUAGGGAAAUUAGAAUUAGUUCACAAAACUCCAGUUGAUGAAUACCCAGGAGCUCUUGCGGCAUUUAACGGCCGACUUGUGGCGGGAGUCGGGCGAAUGCUGCGUUUGUAUGACAUUGGUAGAAGAAAGCUUUUGCGCAAGUGUGAAAACAGACACAUUCCAAACCUAAUAAUAGAUAUUAAAGCAACAAGACAACGAAUAUUUGUAUCUGAUGUACAAGAAUCAGUAUUUUGUGUUAAAUAUAAGAGAAGAGAAAAUCAGUUGAUUAUAUUUGCUGAUGACACUAAUCCAAGAUGGAUAACAAACACAUGUAUUUUGGAUUAUGAUUCAAUUGCCAUGUCUGACAAAUUUGGAAAUAUUGCAAUCAUGAGGCUUCCACAGUCAGUAACUGAUGAUGUAGAUGAGGAUCCAACAGGAAAUAAAGCACUUUGGGAUAGAGGUUUACUGAAUGGUGCAUCCCAGAAAGGUGAUGUGGUCGUAAAUUUCCAUGUGGGCGAAACUGUAACUUCAUUACAAAGGGCCACUCUAAUCCCUGGGGGCUCUGAAGCGCUAUUAUAUGCAACAAUAAGUGGGUCCUUAGGUGUUCUAUUACCCUUCACAUCCAGAGAAGACCAUGAUUUCUUCCAACACUUAGAGAUGCACAUGAGAAGUGAAAAUUCACCUAUAUGUGGAAGAGAUCAUUUAUCAUUUAGGAGUUAUUAUUACCCAGUUAAGAAUGUGAUAGACGGUGACUUGUGUGAGCAAUUCAACUCGUUGGAGCCUGCCAAACAGAAGGCGAUUGCCGGUGAUUUGGAGAGAACACCCGCAGAAGUUUCAAAGAAAUUAGAAGACAUAAGAACUAGAUACGCAUUCUAAAUAUUUUCAUAAGUUUUUAAUUAAUAAAGUGUUCCGAGGAUAA